UUGGCCAGUGACAGCUCAAACGUUGAACAGGAAACUCAGGAUAACAUUGAGGUGGAACAGUGAUCGCAACGAAGAAGACUAUUCAUGAAGUGAAAAGUGGGAGCUGGUGAAAAUUGUCGGUUGAUUUUUAGUGUUGAAACAAUGUGCACAUUAAUUUGAUUUAAUUUCUGUUACAAUGCAUCUGGCUUUUAUCUUCAGUUUCGCUAAAAGCUUUGCAAGCAGUUGAGUUGAUUUAAAGUGGUCUAAUAAAUCAGUUUAGUAUCAUCGGGACACACAAUUUAGUUCGGUAUUAGAUUGAUUGGAUUACAUUGCAAGUUCGGAGACCAAUGAUAUGAAUUUGAAUUAAUGGCCCGCGAGUGAGAUUGAAGGGAUAGAAGGAAAUUUCACACCACUUGUUUUCGUCGCGUGAAAGUUGAACUUCAAACUAUGGCUAUCAUAAGUGGUUUAAUAGGCUAUAAAGUGAAAAUGAUAGGCGCCUUAUUUCUGAUGUUCUGCUGUUGCUUCAGUUAUGCAAAAGGAGGCUGUCUCAGCUACGGUCAUUCAUGUUGGGGUGGGCACGGCAAACGAUCAGGACCACCGUCUGGCCGAUCCAUCCCCAGGUCCCUUCCUGCACCACCAAUGGUUCAAGCUGAUCUAUGGUCCACUAUUGAACGAAUGAAGCCACCCGGAGGCAAAGGGACACUUUAUGCAGCACCCAACAACAUCUAUUAUCAACCACUAGGACGCAUUGUAAAGGCUCCGUCUGUUUCGUUAGUGGAUCUGAUGGGAUCCGACUCGUCGUUAUCUACUUCAAUCGAAAAUGAUGAUGUGUCUUCAAAAUCGGACGAUGACGAAAAUAACGAGGAACUCAGCCUCGACAAUCACAAUGUUCCGCAAUCUCGUGAUGAUCUGCUUCGACAACGACAACUGAGAAGGAAAGCAGCUCUGUUUGAAACCGCAACAACCGAAACUGGCAGCUCGAAUGAAGAUGGCAUUGGCCAGUUGCUGCUAGAUGUGGCUGUUCCGGACAGAGAGACGAAUAGAGAUCUGUUGAAACUUCUAAAUUCUACACCAUCGCGCAGAUACGACCAUAGUACGUAAAGACAAAUUUUACACCACCUUUGACGUUGACAAAAAUAUUGGAGAAACCCGAAUGCAGGACUGCUGGCAUACAUCUUACUCUUGGUUGCUGAAAAGACGAUUGUUGUUGGGAGGGAUUCUAAAGUGAAAGCUUCUAAAUUUUUAAAUUUUUAACUUAAGCACAUGUAGGAUAAAGAAGAAGCAUUAUUUAUGGCCUGAAUAAGCGCGAGUGCUGCCUACUGCUGGGCUGGAAGUUGGGCAGAACUCGCGAAAACUCGAGGUGAAAAUGAACGCCAACUACUCGCUGCUGGAUGUUGUUGUGAUUUUACGCAUGAUCAAAAACGAUUAAAAGGAAUGAAAUCUUAAGCGUGACAUUGGGGGCAAGUUAUUAUAAAAUAACAUGUUUUGUAAUUAAUAACAUUCUCAUGUAGAAGUUACUACACUAACAAACUAUGACUGUACGUGUUCUAAGAAUGAAAAUAUAUAUACGGCAAUAAAUCGACAGAUUAUACAUUCAUGUAAAUAAAUUAGUAGUUAAGAACAA